AGGGCGAAGCGCUCCCUUGAAGUGUGGCGUUGCGCUCGCCGCGCAGAAUCGCACUUUCGACCGGAGUUGGCUGCUCUCGCGGUCUCGGCGUCGGAGCAGCGCGUGCCGGCUGGCCCUGCCUCGGCGUCUCGCCUGGGUCAAGUGCCGGAGGAAGCGCGAUGCGGGAGCCCGGACAGACGAAGCGGUAGCAGCGCGGCGAUCUCGCUGGGAAACGGCUUGCUGCUCGACGGCGUCUAAUGCUCUCCUUAGUUUAUUUGUCUGGAAAAGCGAGAGUCCACUCUAGGGUCGGAUUGAAGGUUGCCGAGGCAGAAGGAAAGGAGCGAGAAAAGAAGAGGCGAGCAAUGGAGAGAGGGGUGUCUUUGUGCCGUUUGCUUCUUUGGCACUAGCGUACAAAAAGGAGAAGGUGGAAGGGAGGAACCCCCGGCGUUUCGAGACUCCAGGCGCUGAGAAGACCUGGGCGCGCGUGGCAGCGGCGAGCGGGCAAGGGGAAAUUUGACGCGUUGCAAAUCUUAACCGGAUUUGGAUUUGUGAUUUGUUUUCUUGCCCGCGUUUUGUUUUUUGUUUUUUUUUUGCUCCCGGAAUUUGCUGCAAGUUGAGAAGCUUGCAAUCUGGAUUUCAUGGAGCGGGGAUUCUUGAUACUUGUUGGACUUACAUUUCUCUCGAGCGCAGGUUUCUCGCUAUCCACCUCUCAAAGUGGGCUGAGGUUUCUGGGUCUCUCAGAGAGAGUCAGCAAGGAAACUAGCACAGGACCCGGAAGGCUGGAUUCAGCUACCAGCUCCAGACCGGACAACGUGGCUGGCCUUGAGGAGGUCCACCACAGAGUCAAACGCUGUACUUGCUACACGUACAGAGAUAAAGAGUGUGUCUACUACUGCCACCUGGAUAUCAUCUGGAUCAACACCCCAGAGAAAACUGUUCCAUAUGGGUUGGCUAAUUACAGGGGAAAUUUCCGGGUCAGAAGGUCCACAGAGCAGCAACACAAGAGCUUGCAUUCAUUAGAAAGGUCUCCACCACGCUGCUCUUGUACAGAUCGACGUGACAAGUUGUGCGUGCAGUUUUGCACAUGGGAUGUCCAAUGCAAUCAUCUGAAGCAAAUGAGCCACCCAGCAGGAACAGUUCUCCAUGAAGAAGAAAAGCAUGCUCUUGCCCAGUAGCUUGGAAGAAGUCCUCUGGUUUGAACUGGAGAGGUAUGAUCUAUGUUAAUUAUGAGAAUGUGUGGUAGUGUGAGGAGUCAGGAGAUAAAACAACAAAUCAUGGUUUAAUUUUACAUGUGAAUGUAGCUCUUUUCAGUCACCUGGCAAGGCAGAGCAGUUUUGUUCUGGGUGCAGAUGGGAGGCAGGCUGCAUGAGAUAUACCCCUGUUAGGACUCAGUUUUCAGCCUCAGUUCUGCAGGAAAUGUUUGCAUCCCAAGUGGUAUUUUCUUCUUUCUGCACAAUAAUCCCGAGAGAUAAGUUAGUUUGAAAGAUAAAGGAUUGCUGAUCAAAACAGCAUAUAGAGUAGGCCUGUCUGAGCCAUUUGGAGCGAAGUGCUAUAUCUAGACUAAAAAUACAGAAUAUCACUAAAUGGUACUAAAGAGAUACAGAACACUCUUAUUCCUUGCCACCAUCUCUAGUGAUCAUCCAAAUAUUUGCAGCCCAGGUAUGGGGGCCCUACCAAACCUGCUGCUUGAAACAUUGAGAUGUGUGCUAACUCAUCAAGCAGCAUUGACUAACUCUUGAAACAGCUGCGCUAAGCUUUCCAGAAGAUGUAUCUUCUUGCUGCUUUAAGGGGUACUUUCAGAAAGGUGCUUUACUCACUUCCUGAACUACCAUUCUGAGUGAUUUGUUCAUCCUUAUUAUGCUAUUUCUUCAGCCUACACCCAGACAACAUUGUAUUCCAAAAGAGAAAUGUCUCCAUUUUGAGGAAUAAAAUGACUGCUAGCCUGUGCAUAGGUACCUGGGAGUAAGCCCCAUUAUAGGAACUUUCCAGACCACUAAAAUCUUUUGAGAUACUGUAACCUUCUUGGAGAACUCUGAAUGACCUUUCAGGAUCUCAAAGGAUUUUGAGACUUUUCUUUAGAAGAGGAAUCACCUGGGAGGGAACAAGAGAACAAAAAAACUACUCUCUGUGGAAGAAUCCAUAGUCCCAGUCUCCUCUAGACUAUGGACGUGGCAAAACUCCUGCUUUACUUGGGAAGCAACCUUGGCCUCUGCUGCUUAAGAAUCAAUUUGUGGAUGUUUGUAAAGGAGGCAGUGGACUUGAGUGUGUAUUGCUGUACUGAUUUUUUAAAGUUUAUCUCAUACCUUUGCUUCUUGCAGGAACACUCAUUAUAUUCCAAAGAUUUGUCCCUAAUGAUGAAAUAAUCUCAAGUCAGUUUCCUAUAGUUCUAAGCAACUAACAACAUUUCUUUCAGUUGUAGGGAGUGACCAAGAGAAAAAUGGAGGUGGACUCAUAUCAGAAGUCUCUUCUGCUACUGCCCUUGUAAGACUUCUGAGAGUCCAAAGGGAGAAGCCCAUAGCUGUCUAUAGGCAGGGCUGGAUAACUGUUCAUUCUAAGAGUGCACUCAGUUGUUGUGUAGUUGGUUGGGUCUGCGCUCCAGGAAGUAGGCGGGUCAGGACAAAGAAAUGGGUGGGGCCAAGACAAAAGUCUAAUUGUAAUUGAAAGCAAACUAAGUGAAUUAAAUCCAGUUAAGCUGAUGCUGUCCUAUGCAUUUCAUUAUUUAUUAAAUUAUUUACAUCCAGUAUUUUCAAUUAUUCUGCGGUAAUAAAAACCAUAGUUCAGUUAUAGUGUUUGGAAGGGCUCUGGGGACAGCCUUUAGACCUCUGGGGGCCAUAUCUGGCUUUUAAGGCUUUAGGCUUUGCAUCUCUACUCUAGGAGGUAGAACUUCUCUUCACACUGGACAUGCUGCUUUUGCAAGGCAGGGCUGGUUGGAAAAAAAGCAGUGAAAAUUUAAAAUGGAUUUUCUGAAGUGCUAUUCUGAUGUUUUAGAGCAGUGGUUUGACCCAAUUACCCCUUUUCCCAGUCUCAAUGUCAUUAACCCCCCCCCCCCAAUCCAGACUCUGUUGUCUCACCCAAGCAUCUUGACAACAGCAGUCCAAACUGGAUCCUCAACUCACAAACAAGCAAUUACACAUUGCUACAUUACCCCCAAGAUAUAUCCAAAUCACCUUCUUGGGGGUAAUUAUCCCCAGUUUAAGAACCUAAAGUCUGCACAGUAAUCAUACUAUGUCUCAGGGUCUCUUUGUUAUUUUUCAAGUCACCUUUGGCCUUAAUAAUUCCCAUGCUUUUGUAAUGCAGAAGAUACUCAACAAAUAUAUAUCCAAAUGAUGCUGUCUUUUUGACUAACUGUUGAUAGACAAAUGUGUUUUAUUCCCAAGGUAAGACGUUGAGAACGCUACCUAAGAUAUGGGGGAAAAAAAACCCUCACCCAGGGUGAAUAUUGUGCCCAGAUUUUCAAAUGGAUUUUCCAACAGUACAUGCUUCCUUUUCCUGAAUGGUGGCUUUUUCAAAGUGGGGACUUCGCAUGCUUGAAGAACAUUGUACUGUUCAUCAUCUCUAACAUGGUCAUAGUUCCAUGAGGCAGAAUGAUUAUUAUUAUUUGCCAUGUUAAGAUUCAGAGGACAGCUCUUGCCACCAUCUCAAAGAUGCUGAUGUAUAAGGGGAAAAAACCAAGCUUUACUUGCUUGUUGUAUAUGUGUAUACAAGCGCCUCAUUUCCUGCAAACUCAUGUCACGAGAGAAAUUGGUACAUUUUAGAAUACGUAUAUAUGAUGUCAUCUCUUGUAUGUUUAAAAAAAAACCUUUUCCUAAUCUUAAUCAAACCUGUCCUUUUGUAAUUUCAGUGGCAUUUUUUUAAAAAAAUGACAAUAUCUAUGCAGAUGAAAUAAGAAUGGCUAUUAAUAUUAUAAUAUAUAGCAAGCUAACAGAAUAUUGCAUAUUUCUUAGAUUAUUGGAUUCAAGCACUGAUCCCUGCAAUAAAACUGAAUUUUAAAACAAAUCUAUGGGAUAGAUUUUGAGAUAAGGAUUCAUAUACUACAUUUAUCUAUACAAGCCUAAACACAGCUCCAAAACCCUUCUUUUGGUCAAAACUCUGAGAGACAUACAUUUGCUAAUGACAAUCAGGGGUGUAAUCCUUAAUUUUAAUUUCUAGAAGGGUUGAGUGGAAACAGUUACUUGGAGUUCUGAAAGUACAGGCAAUGCAGAUAAUUAGAGAUAUUUCAACACAGCUGAAGAAAGGGCGCAGAAUACCCCUUGUGACUGGAAUUGAUUGCAUGUUGAUUUAAAGAAGAUGUCAGGAGGACAUUGAUCUGGCGUUUGCUAAUCAAAGAGGAAAAAGGAGUGCACUGGUAACAGUUGGAACCCUUUUGAAGGGCACUUGAUUAAAACUGGGAUUUUUCCGUAUAGUGUUAUAGUUUAUUAGAGGUCAACUAUUACAACUCUGAGCUGAAUGCAUUAACUCUUGGACCUACUGCAAAACAAAAAAGCCAAGAAAACCCAGCUAACUCCCAAACUGGCUGUAUAACAUUUACAAAGUGAUACGGGACUUUUUGUUUUGUUUUGCAAAGAGAAGAA